UUUAGUUGUCUGUUAUCAUGUUUUGAUCAAAACAGCACAAAAUUUUUACUGUCAACCAUAAAAUGAUAAAUGUGAUAUUGUUUAUUGCUGCAUAUACUUUGGAUUGUGCUCGUUCCAGGAGAAGGAAUUUGCAGAGUGGAGGCGAAACCGUAGCUCGAGAAGCUCGAGACCGUAGCUUGUCCUGGUAUAAAUGUUACGUCAGUCAUAAGUCACAAGUGGCAUGCGAGAACGGAGUACUACGUACUGCUAAAAUCGGAUAAAUUCACGGUUGGACAGGAACAAAAGUGUUAUUUACAAUGGAUGAGAAAGCUGCUGAUGAUGAUUCCAUUUCCCGCUCGUCAGUGGAUACCCAGGGCACCCCCUCAUCGCCAGUACCAGCCUCGCUGAAACGUGUUACAGAUGAAACGGGAAGAGCACCUCCGAAUUCUCCUGCCAAGCUUCCCUCCAGCAGCAGCCAUCCGCAGCCAGGACAGUCGUCGCCCGUGCGGAUUCCCGGCGCUGCCUCGCCCACUCGUUCCCCGUUCGACCUGCGCAAUUCGCCCGAAGCCGUCGGAAUGGAGCGCUUGCAGAAGAUGAUCCUGGCGCACGAGAUCGCGCUGAACGAUCAGUUCCGCUUGGAGAAUCUGGCUUCCCCGCCACCACCCAAUACAAUGGAAGCGCACAUCCGGGAAACUAUUCACCAGGCAUUCUGGGAUGCGCUGCAGACAAGCCUCAACGAAAUUCCGCCCAACUAUUCCCACGCUCUGAUUUUAUUGGAAGAAAUUCGCGAGACAUUGCUGUCGUUUCUGCCAAGAAGUCAGAAUUCCCUGUCGGAGCUAAUCAAAAGCAACCUGGACAUGGCUCAUAUCCGAGAACGGGCAGAACUGGGCGUGUUGGACAUUAAAGAAGUUGCUGGAUUUAUCAUCGAAACUAUGGGCAAACUCUGUGCUCCCGCGAGAGACGAAGAAAUUCGGAAGUUGUCUACUAUUGACGAUACCGUGGAACUGUUCAAAGAAGUUUUCCGCGUGCUGGAAGAGAUGAAAUUCGAUAUGCUGAACUUCACCUUGUCGCAGGUGAAACCCAUCAUUGACCAGCAUGCCGUGGAAUAUGAGCAACAGAUGUUUGAUGAGUUCCUCGCUACACAACCGGAUCCGCUUCAUAUCACUAAGGAGUGGCUGCGUGAAACAGCACGAGAACUCCUCAGAGAAGCCGAAACCCAGCCUCCACCGCAAAGCACUUCACAGAGCCUUUGGAAGGUAACUCCCACCCGGCUGCUGCGCACCGCCUUCUUGAAUUUGCUGGAUGGUCAUUUGGAGGUGUAUCCUGAAACCCUUGUGGCGGAUAUCGCACGGAUAGAGGCCGUCCAGCUGCAGUUGGACAUCGCUCUCCUGACCGCCGCUGUGAUAUUGGUAACAUGGAAUAAUCUGGGGAGCUUUCUCGGUCGUUUGGCGGAUUUCAAGAGCAAGUUAAAGGAAGAAGUCAGGAUUCUAUUGGAGACACAUGCCGUACGUGGCGACGAUACGCUGGGCCAGAUAGCGGAGCAUAUUGUCGAGCAGGUGAAGAAAGCGCUGCCGGAAAAUGUUGCGGGAGAAAGUCAUUGUGCAACUGCUUUAGCUGGACUGAAGGAGCAGAUUGUUGCGCUGACAAAUGCGGAUCACGCCGUUCGACAACUUCUAGUGAAGCGACUAAAGGAAUUCGGAACUGCGAUCCUUACCUCUACAGCGCGCGGGGUUCCACCGGCACUGGCUGUUGUGGAAAACGAAGUGACUCAUGCCAUUGGAAUGUUCGCCAAGAUUGUCUCACGAAAUCAGAUGGUUUUCGGAAAGCAUUACACGCGGAUUAUUUCUCAGUUGGCUGAUGAACUUCACUUGCGGCAAGCUUCGUAGAUAGCUUUAACCGUCCUGCUUCUUCUCUCCUGGUCGUGCAAUCAUUGAUGUACUUGUACAGAUUGAAAUGGAUUUUUUUAAUAACGUGUGCUUUUGCGAAUCGGUUUCUGUAUUGUUUCCUAUCCUGGUGUAAUGUUUCUAUCUUUCUACGAAGUUGAUCAUUUAAUUAUCGUAAAUGCGGUGCGCUGAUUGCGUUUAAAGUAAGAAAUCUGAAUGGAGAAAGCUGUAUUUCUGAUUUCUUUGGAGAAUCUGCGGAAAACCU